UUUGGUUGCAUUUCAGUUGCUUCGGCAUUAAAAUUCAAUCCGGUGCAGGAUUCUCUUAUUAUUAGUGUAAAUCUACCACAGGUAGAUUCUGUCGUGGUAUAUUUGUGAGGUAUUCAGAAAUCUACAAUGUCGAGCGACACCGCAAAGAACUUUUCCAAUCUGGAAACUCCAGGCUAUGUUGGCUUUGCAAACCUGCCUAACCAAGUGCACCGUAAAUCCGUGAAAAAGGGCUUUGAGUUCACCCUCAUGGUUGUCGGAGAGAGCGGACUGGGCAAGUCUACGCUGGUAAACUCCUUGUUUCUGACUGAUUUGUAUCCGGAACGAGUUAUUCCUGAUGCCGUAGAGAAAACCAAUCAAACCGUGAAACUAGACGCCUCAACUGUGGAGAUUGAGGAGCGAGGGGUGAAGCUGCGACUCACUGUGGUGGACACUCCUGGAUACGGAGAUGCCAUUGACAAUACUGACUCUUUUAGGUCCAUCAUACAAUACAUCGACGAGCAAUUCGAGAGGUUCCUACGAGACGAGAGUGGACUUAACCGACGCAAUAUCGUCGACAAUCGCAUACACUGCUGCUUCUAUUUCAUCUCGCCGUUUGGACACGGUUUGAAGCCUCUCGACAUCGAGUUUAUGAAGCAGCUGCACAACAAAGUGAACAUCGUGCCCGUGAUCGCAAAGGCCGACUGCCUCACCAAGAAGGAAGUCCAGCGGCUCAAGUCUAGGGUAAUGGAAGAGAUCGAGCGAGAAGGCAUCAAGAUAUACCCGCUUCCCGACUGCGAUAGUGAUGAAGAUGAGGAUUACAAGGAACAGGUCCGGCAGCUGAAAGAGGCGGUGCCGUUCGCGGUGUGCGGCGCGGGGCAGCAGCUGGAGGUGCGCGGGCGCCGCGUGCGCGGCCGCCUGUACCCGUGGGGCGUCGUCGAGGUCGAGAACCCCGACCACUGCGACUUCAUCAAGCUCAGGACCAUGCUCAUCACGCACAUGCAAGACCUGCAGGAGGUGACGCAAGAGGUGCACUAUGAGAACUACCGCUCGGAGCGACUCGCGCGCAACGGGCAAGUGCCCAAGCGACACACGUCAACGGAGAGUGGGUUGAGCGAGUCUGACUCCAAUGGACUGAGCAAUGGAUCUAGUGAGGACCCCGCCGAGAGAGAACGCGCGCUGCGUGAAAAGGAGGCAGAGCUGCGGCGCAUGCAGGAGAUGCUUGAACAGAUGCAGCGACAGAUGCAGCUGCAGGCGGGCAGCACCACCACCGCAUAGUGCCACACUCCCGCCCUGUUGGUGGCAAAGUCCGCCGUUCGCCUACCGGGCGCUUGCAACUUCGUGGACUCCAUCUUACGCGUGAUCCCGUAUUGCGUCAACUCCCUCUAAUGCCAUUUAUGUAGUUCUGUCAAAAGGUACCGUC